AAGCAGGCCAGGUAUCUGGCAGUCUGGCAGGCACUGUAUCUCAAUAAUCGCCACCGAAUGACGUGCCCCGCUGCCACGGGGUUUGCUUUGCUUUGCUUCCAUGUUUCGCUCUACUUGGCUUUGCUUGCGUGUUAGCUUGCAGGCUUGCUACUUCAAUUUGCUUUUUUUUUACGAUUUCCCUUCCAUCCAGGCGGUAUGGGAAUGGGAAAUUCUGCAACGCGUCAGCCAGCCGCUGAAUAUUCUUGAAUAUUCCUUUUUGCCGUGGCCCGUGGGGGACAGGAGACUUGACUGUUUGAAUCGGCUGAACCGAGCUAAGCGGCUAGUUCAUUAUCUGCGCCGCCUUGCCGGUUUUGUUGCCAAAAUAGAUCGAAGGAUUAUUCGAGAAGCUAGAGACGAAUGAAGACUAGACGGGACGCUACCGAGCUCACAAGAUUGAUGCCGUAUGAAGUUCACGAUCUCGCGCGAUGAAUGGCAAUCGGUCUCCGAUCCUUGUUGCCCAUAGCCUUGAAUUUCUUGGGUACGUAGCGUGUCUUGGCUGUUGGUAUACCUUACCCAUCGCAGCCUGGCGCCGCAUCCAUCGUAAGCACCAGUCUGGGGUAAGAAAAGAUCUGGAUGAAAGGAUUCGGCCAUAUCAUCUAAAUCAUACACCCAUACCUAGGCAUGAGACCAAGGUUUGGUAGUUAUGACCCGAGGUUGGGAUUACUAUAAUUUCGGCCAACUGUUAUUAGUGGACACGAUUCUCG